ACAAUCUUGGGUUGGUCUUUGAAAAAACUGGUAAGUACGACGAAGCUAAAGAGGUUCACGAAAAAGCUCUGGAAAUUCGAAAACUGAAUGUGCCAGGUGAAGACCAUACUCAUCCCACUGCGUCUUUGAGCAAGUUUCGUAGGAUGUACGAAGAAACUGAAGAAUAUGAGUCUCAAAAAACUCAGAGUAAAUUUCCAGUUCCAAAUCAUGCUCAUGUUUCUCUGUCAUCAAAAUAUUUUGAAAUCACAAGUGGUAAUAAUGCUAAAGUUGAUAAUGCUAAAGAUGUCGGAAAUUCUCCUGGUGUUGAAAAUACAGAACAAGAAUUGGUGUUGCAAGAGUGGAAAUACAUUGAUGAAUCAACGAAACAUAGAGAAUUAUUUUUAAAAUUGAUUGAAUAUGGACGCAAUUCCAGUGUUGAGGUUAAAUUGGUGGGCAAUGUACGAGUAAUUUUCUCAGAAGAGUUUUGCAUUGGCAAAGGAAGUGAUGGAACACGUGUUUAUCUUGGACUGGGUAAGGAUGGUUACGGUAAAGCACUGAAACAAAUACGUCGAGAUAGCUACAUCCAGCUUGCGCUGCACGAAAAGAAAAUUUUGAAUAAAUUCAACGCAAGAAGGUCGAAAUAUGUUGUGAAUUAUUCUUUCCUAGAGGAAGAGACUGGAACAGAAUAUGUAUAUUUGAUAUUAGACUUAUGUGAAGAAUCAUUGGAGAGUUUUGUCAAGUCUUCUACUUUACAUGAUCUUCAAAACGCUCUUCCCGAAAUUCUCAGACAAAUGUUGCAAGGAUUAGUAGAUCUUCAUAGUGGCCCAAAUCCUAUUCUUCAUCGUGAUUUAAAGCCCACCAAUGUUCUUCGAGAUUCACAAGACAACUUUCUGAUAGCUGACUUUGGCAUUAGUCGAAUAUUGGAUAACGAUUCUACGACACAUGAAAGCAAGCCUAACAUGGGAACUGAGUAUUGGAUUGCUCCUGAAUCAUAUUGUGAAGAUAAAGAUACAGUCGAUAAAGGACGGUACAAGAAAGAGUCUGAUGUAAUGAAUGCAGGAAUGGUAACUUAUUAUAUUGCAACAAAAGGAAAACACCCAUUUGGAACUAAACGGCAUAGAUUGGACAAUAUGUUAAAUGGACUUCCGGUUGGCUUGGACGAAAUCAAGGAUGAAACACUGAAAGACCUUUUGUUGUGGAUGUUAAACCGAGAACCCGAAGACAGGCCAUCAGCCAACGAGGCGUUAACACAUCCAUUUCUUAUGUCGGAUGACGAGAAAUUUGACUUAUUAUGUAAAGUUGGAAAUCUUCAGCAGAUUAAGACAAAUGUUCCCCUGUGUAGUGUCGUUCAACAAUUGAAUAGUGAAUCCUCAGAUUGGAAAAGUAAAAUAGACAGUGAUGUUUAUGAUUAUUUUAGAACGGAUGUGGUGACUGGAAAGAUUUUUACAUAUGACUCUUCAUGGACAGAAUGUUUAAGACUAAUUCGAAAUAUUAACCAACAUUGGAACGAUCGACCACGGCCAAAACCUCAACCAGAACCAUUUUAUAAGAUUGGAAAUCACAAGGCGUAUAUUCUCAAAAAAUUCCCCAAUCUUCCUGUUCGAGUGCAUGCUGCUGUGAGGUCCAAUGAAGAAUUGAAAAACAAUCCAGAUCUCAAGAACCUUUUAAAUUUCAGUGAAAAGAAAUUACAUUAAAAAUAAACAGUUUUUAAACAGUAAGAACAGUUUGUGAAAAGGCAAGUGAAGAGGAACGAUACCAUGUAAAAUAGAAUUUACUCAGAUUGGAAAAGACAAAUAAAUUUUUACGUAUAUCAUUA